AUGAAGCUCAGCCUACUCGCUACUAUUGCCAUCUUCGGCGUUGCUCUCGCACAAAAAGGGAUGGAAGCAUGGGAAAUUGCGCCAGUGGAUUCUGCCUGCAAAUCCAGGGCGAAAGCCAGGGAAAGUGUGAGGAGGCGAAGUAGGACCGAGCAAGGCAUGGUAGCGGUUGUUGAGGCCCCCUUCAAAGCUACUACAGAAGCAUUGGAUGGAAGGCAAAUCACAAUUGAAACGGCUUAA